AGACACACCAGUCUUUCCCCAUGGGCGAGCGAGCUUUAAGCCAAACCCUUCUCAAUUGUGAUCUGCAUGUAUCUAAUUAAAUGAUGUGGACUUGGACAGACUGUCUGUGUGUUACUCUCCUGCUUCUCCUCCAAAGAGCAGGCUCUGAGAAGUUUGAGGUUCUUGGUCCGACUCGUGCCAUUGUUGCUGUGGCUGGUGAUGACAUCAUUCUGCCCUGUUACAUCAAACCCAACAUCAGCGCUGAGGACAUGAGAGUUGACUGGUUCAGAGUCAACCUCCCAGACCCUCAGUCAAACAUUCGAGUCCAUCUCUACCAAGACGGCAGAGACAAAUACCAUGAUCAGAUCCGCUCCUACGAAGGAAGGACAUCAUUGUUUAAAGAGGAACUGAAGAAGGGCAACACCUCUUUGAAACUGACCAGGGUACAAGGCACUGAUGAUGGACAGUACAAAUGUCUUGUUCAGUCUAAGACCCAUUAUGAUGAUGCCACUAUUCAAGUCCACAUAAGAGCUAUAGGAUCCAAGCCAGAGCUUUCCAUUGAGGGACAGAAAGAAGGAGGGAUGGGUCUGCUGUGUGUAUCUAAAGGCUGGUUCCCUGAGCCUGAGUUGGAGUGGCUGGACAGUGAAGGGGUCACUCUGUCUGCUGGACCGUCAGAGACAGACAGGGACUAUAAGGGGUUCUACAUAGUCAAACUAAAGACCAUCGUAAAGGAGACUGACACCAACCACUUUACCUGCAGACUCAGACAGAGGCAACUCAGUGAGCAGAUCAACAUGGAGACAGAGUUUCACAUCUCUAGUGAGCUGAUCCUUGUUCACACAGACACAUGGAGAGUGGCCUUUGCAGUGAUUGUCUCUCUGAGCAUUGUCCUUGUGGUCAUAUUAGCUUUCACCAUCUGGCGCUGCAAUCGUUUGUCCAAUGACUACGAUGCAUCCAAAGCUAAACACAGUCAAGAGCUAGUUAAAGAUGAACACAGCCUUGAGUUGAGUUAGUAGUGUCCAACAGUCCUAUGCACGUGUUAAACUCAUUCCACAGAGGGCCAAGUGUCU